GUCUGGAGCUACUCAUGCGGCUUACCUCUCCUCCACACUGGCACCUUGCCUCAGCAGCUGUAUCACCAGGCUGGGAGCACCCUGCCACACUGCCUGGAACAGAGUACUCCAGGCUUGGGAGGUCCACAGCCAGGACAUGAGUGAGCAGCAGGAGAGGGAGACAGAAGAGGAUGAAGGAGGUACUUCAGACACAGCGCCCAUGCUGCCUCGAAGAAGGCCUACUGACUACCGUAUCCCAGUCCUGGUAUGCCCGGGGUGGCCCAUCCUGACCACUGAAGGCCUCAGGACCCUGCUGCUGCCUGGCCGGGCUCUGGUUGGGUUCCUGUGCCAUCUGCUGCUACCCGGGACAGUCUUCCUGCUGGUGUUGCUGCCAGCUGCUGCCAUUGUCUACCUGGGAUUCCUGUGCCACUCAAGGGUUCAUCCAGCCCCGGGUCCACGGUGCCGAGCGCUGCUCUCCGAUCGCGGCUCUGCCGCGCUCAUCGUGUUCGGAUUCCUCUCCCUGCCGCCUCUCCUGGUGCUCGCCUCCGCCGCCCGCUCCCUCCUGGUCCGGCGACUACGCCCUGUCCUGCCUACCCCGGCGAGAGCCCCCGAACCGCGCCGCCCACAGAGAUGCAGCGAAGAGGAGCUGGCGGGCGGCCGCCCUGACGAAGAGAAACAACUUUGUGCCUGGGUCUGAUGCCUCAGAGACGUCUCCGUGCCUCCACUUGACUCCCAGAAAGUGGGCGGACGAGUGGAGCGGCCGCCUCUGGGCUCGGAGCGCAGUGCUCGAAGUCGCCAGGAGAUGGCAACCGGGUCCCUUGGACCGGGUUGGUGCUUCUCUCUCAGAGGAGGGAAGUGUUCCUCUGAGAAGGUUCCAUGGGCUUUGCUCCCUUACCAAGCCAAUGCAUUCCACUCCUACCUGUGGUCAGCAGCAGCUUUGCGGAUAUCUAUGUUUCCCAAAACCAAGCUAGUCCUAGAAGCUCCAGUGUGAUCAGUAUCAACCAGACUUCAUAACUUACCUUGAGACUCAGGAGUCAUCUUGAGUCUCAAGGUCGGCCCAUGGCCCAGGACAACGGCUCAAUUGUGUCUAUAGUCAAACAUUUACUAGGUAAGGUUUUGUCCACACUUAGUCUGCGACCAGGAUUAGUGGCUCAGUAAGUCCACGGUCAGCACUCUGUUUAUAGUGUGUGUGUGUCUUUUUAAUAUAUAGUUUAUUUUAUGUUCAGUGAUGUUUCUUGUGUAAGGGUGUCCCAAGCCCUGGAACUGGAGUUACAGACAAGUGUGAGUCUCAGUGUGGGUACUGAGAAUUGAAUAUGCGUCGUUUGGAAGACCAGACAGUGCUCUUAGCUGCUGGGCCAUCUCUGCAGCCCCUAGUACUCAGCUUGUAUUCGGAAUCAGGUAUCAAUGUAUACCCAGAACUGGGGCUCCACCUCUGACCAGGGUUCUUUCUUUUGAGACAGGCAGCAGGAAAAGAGCUCAAUUUACAAUGUGAGAAUUUUUGCUUGUUUGUUUUGUUUCUUUGUGGUUUUGGUGCCUGUCCUGGAACUAACUCUUG